CCUCUUCCCCGGCCAUACCAGAAGGCAGCACAGCAAUAAAACACAGCAAGAAAUAAGCACAGAAAUAAAACCUAAAAAUCAAAAACGAUUAGCGACGAAGGUUUUCGGUGAUUAAUCCAAUUUCUCGAGGUUGUUGCCGAUCAAGCCUUCACGUACCUACUACAAUGGAGAUGAAGAAGAUCGCCGUCGCCGCCCUUGUCGCCGCCGCCGCCUCCAUGAGCGUGGCCAUGGCUGCUGAGCCUGCUGCUGCCGGUGCCGGUGCGGCCGCCCCCACCGCCCCUGCUGCCGCUGCACCAGGCCCUGCUGGGGCAGCAAGCGAUGCCUUCGCUGUCUUGCCCGCCGUCGGAUCCCUGCUCGGGGCUUCUCUCUUCUCCUUCGUCGCCGCCUACAUGCACUGAGCUCAUUCGCGCUUUCGAAUCAAUGAACAAAUAUUUGACAAGGAAAAUGGCGGAAAGGGGAUUUAUUACUAUUAUUAUUGUUAUUUUAAUUAUUAUUUAGUAGUGGACUAAAAAAAAUUAAGAAAAAUGGAAUAAAGGAGAUUGGAUUCGAUGGAAUAUGUCUUUUAUUUUCUAUCCUUUUUCUUGGAUAAUUAUUAAUUAAAAUUAUUCGCUUUUAUAUUUUCAA